GAUCCUAUUUCUUUCUUCCCCGUCCUGAGCUUCAGCAGCCAAGCACCAAACUGCGCCAAAUAUAUUCGAAUCCCUCCUUCCCCUUCGAUUCCAAUCCACAAUUUCUUAUUCCCUCUAUCGAUUGAUCGAUUCGUGGAUUUACUAAGACGGGGAAUCCGGCGGAGUUCCGAUUUAUGGGUCGUAGCUUCAGCGACGCCGCCGACUCUUCCGGUCCUUUCAGCGAAUGCAAUAGUGAUAGUUCUGGCGAGUUUUCGAGACCAGGAUCCCCUUUAUCUGGAGGAUCCGGCAGUGGCCGAGCCGCCAUCCUUCAUCGUCUUCUCAUCUCCUGCGCCGCCGACAACUCCGACGAGUUCAUCCAUGGUCUAAUCUCCGAUCUAGAAUCCCCUGCCUCUUCGAUCGACCUCCAGCGCCAAGCUGCUAUGGAGCUCCGCCUCCUUGCCAAGCACAACCCAGAGAAUCGGCUCAAAAUCGGCCGCGCCGGUGCUUUUCGCCCUCUUAUCUCGCUUCUCUCCCACUCAGAUCCAGUCCUCCAGGAGAACGGCGUCACCGCCAUCCUAAACCUCUCGCUCUGCGACGAGAAUAAAGAUAUGAUCGCGGCUGCUGGCGCUAUUAAACCCCUUGUCCGCGCCCUCAAGAACGGCAUCCCCGUUACCCGCGAGAACGCCGCUUGCGCUCUGUUUCGUCUAUCUCAAAUCGACGAGCACAAGAUCGCCAUCGGAAUCUCCGGCGCCAUCCCGCAUCUCGUCAAUCUCCUUCAGACAGGUGGGCCUCGUGGGAAGAAGGACGCAUCCACCGCCCUCUACUCCCUUUGCUCCACAAAGGAGAACAAGAUCCGAGCUAUUCAGGCGGGAAUCGUUCGCCCGCUCCUCGAUCUAAUGGCCGAUCCUGACACAGGUAUGGUCGAUAAGGCCGCUUAUGUUCUAUAUAACCUCGUGAGCCUGCCGGAAGGCCGCACCGCUGCGGUGGAGGAGGACGGGAUCCCGGUCCUCGUCGAGAUCGUCGAAGUCGGAACCCAACGGCAAAAGGAGAUCGCCGCUGCAACUCUUCUCGUCAUUUGCGAGGAGAGUUUUUCCUGCAGAGCUAUGGUCGCUCGCGAGGGCGCGAUUCCGCCGCUCGUCGCCCUUUCAGAGUCCGGCUCCUCCCGCGCCAAGCAAAAGGCGGUGGCGUUGGUUGAGCUUCUACGGCAACCGAGGGCAGCUGCAGGCGGCGGCCAGGUUCGGGGAGCGGUUGGGGCGGAUUAGUGGCCACUUGGCAUAUUCUGCACCCACAACGUCAGAGUAAACAUAUGCCGCAGCGUGGACAGUGUAAAUAUCCCACCGCAGCUUUUGUUUAUUGGUAAAGAUAAAUCGUAUACUGUCCUGCUUCAUUCAAUUGGACUGUUGAAGAAAUAAUCCUCUUCAAUAACUGAGAGCCUAGAAGUAGAACACUAGAACCAGUGAUAAAUUAGUGGUAAUAGGGGGGCCUGGAGCCUUGUACGUGCCAGGUAGUAGAAAAAUAUCUUUGAAUCUUUGGUUAAAAUUUUGACGAUAAAUUUUGCCUAUAUUAAUUGUUUAUGUAUUUGCGCUGAAAUUUAUUAUAAGUGGAGUUUGCGCCCAUUAAUUUUUCA